AUGCCUAAUGUAAUCUUAGCAAUGUCCAAAUGCAAAGAUUUGAUUGUCCUGGGUGAUCUAAACUGCGACAUGUUACAGGAAUCCAAACGCGAAUCGCGUGUAUUACUUGAAGUUUGUUCAAAUCUAAACUUGCAUCAGAUCAUAACUGUGCCUACACGGAUAACUGACAACACGCAGACGUUGAUAGAUGUAAUUAUUACUUCAAACCGAAACUUAAUAUCGUCUAGCGAUGUGUUGCUCUCAUCCAUUAGUGACCACAGUUUACCAUAUGCUGUACUAAACUUGAAGAGUCCCAGGUGUAAACCUACCUAUGUGACAGUACGCAGUUUUAAAACCUACUCCAAGGAAUUGUUCGUGAAUGAUCUCUCACUUGUACCAUGGCACAUAGUUGAUACUUUCGACGAUGUAAAUGACAAACUUGACGUUUUUAACAAAUUGUUCAUGGAUGUGUUGGACGUUCAUGCUCCUGUUAAGCGUAUUAAAUUAAAAUCAAGACCUAACCCGUUUGUAACAUCUGAAAUUCGGGCCCUAAUGAAAACUAGGGAUACGUGGCAUCGGAAAGCGGUAAGGUCCAAUGAUAACCGCGAUUGGAAUGGUUACAGAUUUUUCAGGCAGGAAGUGAAGAAAGAAUUAAGAGCUGCAGAGAAAGAAUAUGUACGUAGCGAGUUGACUUUAAAUUCGGGAAACUCGAGAUCAUAAUGGAAAACAAUUAACAAAUGUUUACCUCGUAAAUCAUGUUCUUCUACACACGAGUUAAACUCUGUAAAGUUGGGGAACACAUUUAACGAAUAUUUUACCUCCCUUGGAAGUUCCAUUGCUGCUGAAACUUGUGGGAUUGCGACCGAUUUUAACUUGGAAGCAACUUGUCCACAACGCUCUACAACCCCUCCGGAAACGCAGUUUUGUUUUCGUGAAGUCUCCGAAACAGAAGUCGCAAAUGUGGUAUCAAACUUACCUGCCAAUAAAGCUGCUGGUCCUGACAAAUUACCAGCUAGAGUGAUAAAAGAUGGCCUGUCUGUUAUUCUGUCUACGAUAACCAGCAUGAUAAACUGCUCUUUUACCACCAGCAACUUUCCACAGGAAAGGAAAAUCGCAGAGGUCAUCCCUAUCCCCAAGUUAGGAGAUAAAGAGUUAGCAUGUAAUAACCGCCCAAUUUCAUUGUUGCCAGUUAUGUCUAAAAUCUGCGAAAGGCUGGCUCACGGUCAAUACAAUAACUUCCUAUGUUCCGAAGGUAAACUCUCUGCGCAUCAAAAUGGAAACAGGAAAUUACAUUCAACUGAAACAGCCUUACUCAAAGUUACUGACGAUAUUUUGAAAGCAAUGGACGAAAAAUUGAUUACCAUUAUGGUCCUAAUUGAUUUUUCGAAAGCCUUCGAUAGCAUCAAUCAUGAAACUCUAUUAAAUAAAUUAUGGAAUAUUGGAAUGGCUCCAAGUGCUUUGAAAUGGUUUUCCAGCUACUUGACAAAUAGAUCUCAAAAAGUACGUUUGGGAGAGUUUCUAUCGCAACGACUCCCACUAUCUCACGGAGUACCCCAAGGAUCUAUUUUGGGACCUUUGAUGUUUACUGUGUAUGUCAACGACCUACCAUCGUCAGUUGUUAACUGUAAGCCGGAGUGUUAUGUUGACGAUAGCAAGCUUUACGUUAGUUUUGUUUUACAUGACCUGGUUUCAGCUAUAGGCCAAAUCAACAAAGAUCUUGACCAGUUAUGUUCUUGGUGCUGUGGCAACUCCCUCCUAAUCAACCCUGAGAAAACUAAAGUUCUCGCCUUUGGUACUCGUCAGCGCCUACAACAGCUACCAGGUUUCUCCAUUAAACUUCUGUCCAAACAAAUCGAACCUACUCGUGUUGCUAAAGAUCUUGGCGUUCACUUGGAUUCAUGUCUUUCGUAUACACAUCAUGUUGAUAAAACAGUAUCUUCGUGCAUGUACUCAUUAUUCCAAAUAAAUCGCGUCAAACACCUUUUAGAUCGAAAGACCCUUUUACUUGUUAUACACUCUUUAGUUUUUAGUAGAUUAUUCUACUGUUCUUCCGUAUGGAGCAACACUUCUAAAGGAAAUGUAAAAAAGUUGCAACUUGUACAAAACUUUGCUGCUCGUAUUGUUGUUGGUUUACGGAAAUAUGAUCAUGUUUCUCCUGCCCUGAAAGAACUCAAAUGGCUGAAUAUUACAGACCAAUUGUAUCUCCGAGAUGCAGUGCUUGUUUUUAAAUCGCUACACCAUCUGACUCCAUAUUCUCUGUCAGAAAAAUUUAAAAGAAAUUCCGAGGUGCAUUCCAGAGUCACGAGGAAUGUUAAUGACUUACACUUGCCACUUUUUCGCCUUGUUACGGGACAGCGAACGUUUAGUUUCAGAGGGGCAAAAUUGUGGAACUCGCUACCGCCGGAGAUUAAAUCCGAACAGUCAUUGAAGUCUUUUAAACAUAAACUUCACAAACACUUUCCGACUUCUUAA